AUGUGGGGCGCCAACCCGCCACUGGCCGCUCCGCCGCUGGCCGCGCCGCCGGGGGCCCCUUCCCCGCCGCCCCUUGCAUUCACCCUCGGAUCGCCGCCGCCGCUCGGCGCUAAAUCCCCGCCCCCCGGCGCUCUCGGACCGCCUCCCCCGCUCGGCAUCAGCCUCGUCGGAGUGCCUCCCGCUCUCGCACCGCUGCCCAGCACUCUUGUUGGCGGCCUGUCGCCCCCGCCUGCCGGAUUCGGCGUCGGCUCUCCGCCCCCCGUCGGACCAGGUGGGGUGAUCGGUGCGCCACCGCCGCUGCCGCUGGCUGUGCUCGGCCCUGCGCCAUCCAUUGCUCCGGGCGGCGCCCAGCCUCCUCCAGUCACGGGCGCCGGAGCUUCGCCCCCGCCGAUCGGAUUUGCAGGGUCGCCACCUCCACUAGGUGCCAAAGUGGGGGCACCACCGCCGCUGCCGCUGGCUGUGCUCGGACCUGCGCCAUCCAUUGCUCCUGGCGGCGCCCAGCCUCCUCCAGUCACGGGCGCCGGAGCUUCGCCCCCGCCGAUUGGAUUUGCAGGGUCGCCACCUCCGCUAGGUGCCAAAGUGGGGGCACCACCGCCGCUGCCGCUGGCUGUGCUCGGUCCUGCCCCAUCUGGUACCCCACCGCCUGCCCUUGGCGGGUCACCGCCGCCUGCCGGGGCUAUCGGGUCACCGCCCCCCAUCGGAGCGCCACCUCCGCUUCCCACAGCUGUCACACCGAGCGCUGUCUCUGGCGCGUCGCCCCCACCGGCCCUGGGAUCCCCCCCUCCUGCAGGAGCCGCCUCUCCACCGCCAGGUUUUGCGCCCCCACCAGCUGGUGUGGCCGUGGGUCCCCCAGCUGGGCCCCCAGCCGGCGGAGCCUCGCCACCGCCGGCAGGGGGUUCCCCACCGCCAUUGGGUGAGCUGCAAGCUUCAGCCGCGUCCACAGCGCAGGCGAUCACCAUUGGGGACACGCAGGCAGCAGCAAGCGCCCUGGCAUCAGUGAAGACCCCUGAGGAGGCGCAGGCCGCGGCCACAGCCAUUGCAAGCGCUUAUGGUCUUGCCAACUCUCCCAGCAGCGAUACCAGCCCAAUAGUGGAGACACUGGCAUCCGUCCUGACCGGCGCGGCGCAGAGCAACGCGACUGCCACCGCUCUUGUCAUAGCCGCUGCAGCAGCCAAGGGCGGAGCAGCGCAGCAGGCAGUGGGGCUGGCUUCUGCAAGAGCCUUCACAAAAGGGGGAGCUCCUGCGCAGGCACUGGCGCGCGCAUUUGCCAUUGCCAUCGGCUUCUACGGCUGCCCGAAUGUGCAGCCCAUCAUAUAUGUGGCUGCUUCUCAUGGCGGCAGGACACUGGCGGAUGCCGCCGCAGCUGUGCCGGCGGUGCAGGAGUGCGCUGUCGGCAACGCUGCCGAUGCAUCAGCGGUUGCGAGAGCACAGACGCUCAUCCUGACGGCCAGCGGACCGCUGCCUGGUCCGACUGGUUUCAGGGCCCCCGGGCUCCCCUCACAUCUGCCGCCACCUGUCAGCGGAGGUGAGGUCAUUGGUGCGCCUUCGCCGCUACCAUUGGCAGUGCUCGGCCCUCCGCCGUCCAUCACCCCAGUUGAAGCUCCACCGCCGGCUUUUACACCACCGCCGCUAGCAGCACCUCCAAUUGAGGUACAGCCUGGGGGUCCCCCCACUCCACCACUGCCCUCCUCGCCUCCGCCAGCUGGUCCCCCAGAGUUACCCCCACCUGUGGCCACAGCUGGCCCAGCCUCGCCCUCGCCCCCACCGCCGCCGCCACCACCACCGCCGCCCCCGCCACCGCCGCCUGAGUCUGCAUGA